AUGGUUUACAUAUCAUCCGACGGGCAGGUGCUUCAAGCCAAGCCUUGGGGAUUGAAUUCCCUAGUGGACAUGUUCUGGGGAUUUAUCUCCUUCAUGACCUUGUUCUUCAAGACCUUGGUUGACCCCAGCUUGAACAAAAAAGGGGACGGAUAUGCUACCGACUACAGAUCGACAGGAGGACGUGGGGGACCGCCUGGUGGCGGACCUCGUCGGAGAUUUGGAGGAUUUCAUGGAGGUCAAGGAGGAGCCUCUGCUCCUCCUAUGGCUGGAGGUGGAGGUGGAUGA